UUACAACGUACUAAUAAAUUCAAAAAUUGUUUAUUUCUCAGUUUAAGCAUUUAACAAGUGAAUAGAAAACAUAUUACUGUAUAUUAGUGACAUUUGCGUAUAUGUAAGUAAUACUCCACAAAGCCAAUAGAUUGCCGUACAUACAAAACCCCAAGAGGUUGAGAAUGGAUUGGAGGCAGGCGGAAAUUUUCGACUUGAUAUCCAUGUACAGAGAGUCUGAGUGCCUAUGGAACUGCCUAAAUCGUGAAUAUAAAGACGUGGACUUGAAAAAAAAUGCAUGGAGGGAAAUCGCUACUUUCUUCGGAAGAAAAGUGGAGGACGUAAAGAAGAAAAUAAAAAAUUUGCGCACUAGUUACGUUAUAGAGAAAAAGAAAGUCGAAAGAAAGAGGACCGAAUCGGGAGAAACUGUGUAUGAGCCCCGUUUAUUCUACUAUGAUGAAAUGACCUUUUUGGACCCUGUCGUAAUUUUACGAUUUUUUAAUCCUACAGAACAAAAUGCAGAUCCUUUAACUGAAAUGAAAAAACAGCGUUCUUCAAAAGUAAGACAUAUGAUUGAUGAAAAGAAAAAGCGCAAACUAUUCAGUAAUUCUCAGACGGAGCGAUCACAUUCGGAGCUUUCUCCUAUAAAAAGACUGCGUGAUAUAAGUGAUGUACAUUUAGAUAAUGAACUACAAGACGAAUCAGAAGAGGAAGAGCAUCUAAGUAAGGAAGAUACUUUUUGUGCAAUGCUUUGCAGUGAACUUAAAUCAGUUAAAUCGGAAGACAUAUAUGACAAUGUGACAUCUGAAAUUUUUACCAUCCUAAGGAAUGCGAAAAUGGCAGAACGUCAAAUCGUGUACCAACCCGAAGAGAUUACUAAAGUAGCUACUAAAACGAUGUGAAGACACGUUUGAUAACGAAUGUGACUUUUUUAAGUCGAUCCUGCACCUCCGCCACUAUUUGCGAAGUGUUUUCUGCACUACCACAAAAAUAAAAUCUUCUAAAUGAAUAUUAUAUUUGUCUAAUAUUAAAGAAACUAUAGUGCGUGAACACGCAACUAACAACAAGCAAACCUUAUAAAUUACAUAUGUACAUAUAUAUACAAAUGA